AAUUCGGACUCAGUCUCCGUGCGAUCGUUCAAGGCGAAGGUUGUGACAAGCUUUUGGAUCUUCCAGUUUCUAACCGUUCCGCAAGAUAGUCCAAAGUGCAGGCCAACAGCAGUUGCAAUAAAUUAUAGAUCAGCCAAGAUCCAAAACAGACUAAGAUGGAGGGCAAGACCGUUAUCAUCACUGGCGCCAACAGUGGAAUUGGCAAGGAGACGGCCAAGGAUUUGGCAGGACGUGGAGCCCGCAUUAUUAUGGCUUGCAGGAACCUGGACACUGCCAAUGCUGUGAAGGAUGAGAUCGUCAAGGAGACGAACAACAGCAAGAUCCUGGUAAAGAAACUGGACUUGGGUUCCCAGAAGUCCGUGCGGGAGUUUGCCGCUGACAUCGUGAAGACCGAGCCCAAGAUCGAUGUGCUAAUCCACAACGCCGGCAUGGCUCUGGCCUUCCGUGGACAGACGAGUGAGGACGGCGUGGAGCUGACCAUGGCCACCAACCACUAUGGUCCCUUCCUGCUGACGCACCUGCUCAUCGAUGUGCUGAAGAAGAGCGCUCCGGCUCGCAUUGUGAUCGUUGCCUCGGAGUUGUAUCGCCUGUCCUCCGUUAACUUGGCCAAGUUGAACCCCAUCGGCACCUUCCCGGCUGCCUACUUGUACUACGUGUCCAAGUUUGCCAACAUUUACUUCGCCCGGGAGCUGGCCAAGAGGCUGGAGGGCACCAGGGUGACCGUUAACUUCCUGCACCCCGGCAUGAUUGACUCGGGCAUUUGGCGCAACAUUCCCUUCCCCCUCAACCUGCCCAUGAUGGCCAUUACGAAGGGAUUCUUCAAGACCACCAAGGCCGGCGCCCAGACCACCAUCUACUUGGCCACAUCCGACGAGGUGGCCAACGUGUCCGGCAAGUACUACAUGGACUGCAAGGAGGCCACCCUCAAUGCCGCUGCCCUCGACGAGGAGAAAGGUCUCAAGAUCUGGGAGGAGUCCCUCAAGAUCGUUAAGCUUACGCCCCAGGAACCCAAGAUCUAGUCGGCUAUCCCGGGCUGAAAGCUAGUGCACAGCGUCCUAUGCGCAAUUAACUGAUUUGCUUUUCUUGUUAUUAAGGGGGAGUUUACUGUAGCCUAAGUUUUUCAUCUCAAUAAAUAAAAAAUAAAAAAAAAUAGGAAGGUUACUUCCUUAACAGCUUAUACAUACAUAUGUGUACACAAAAUAUAAAUCAAAUUAAAAGGAAAUGAUUAGCUCGAAUCUUGUUCUUAAAAAAAAUUUUUCUCCAAAUUCCAAAAUAUAUUGGUAUGCCAACCAAACAAUUUA